CUUGGGGUAGCUGUAUGCAGAUGCUUAUAAUGUCACAGGUUACCAACCCAGACUCGACGAGUACUUACAAGGAGCACAUACUCUUAAAAGCCUUUCCAUCUUUGAGGACCAUAACCUAUUCUUCCACGGGCAUAGCAAGAGAGACUUACACCCUUUUUUGGGCACGACCCUGGCAGAUGAGAGCCGCUCCUUUGAGCACCUGUCUGUGGCGUUUCUUGCCGAUUCCUAGGAAUUUCUCAAAGAUUUCUGGCCAGGCUCUUCACCUAUGUCUCUAGACCCAUCACGUGGCGGCGCGCAAAGAGCCCUCAUGUCGCGUUUGUCGCCAGUCGAGAGCCGCCAUGUUACAGAGAUGGGGCGCCUUGGCAAGUGGGUGUAUUGCAAAUCAGUCUUGGAAACAGCCACAGAUGCGAGCGGAAACAUCCCCUGGCCCAUCUACAAACCUGAAUGGCCGAACCUUGAGUCGCUGGCCCUCACGUCGCAGCUCCUGCACCCUACCGCAGAGAGACGCAGCGUCAACGACCUGGUCCAGGCCGCGGCGGGUGCCGCCAUGGAGAGGCCAAAGCUGCAGACGAUGGAGAUUUGGAACGGCGAAAGCGGCUUCGCCUGCAUCUUCCGCUACCGCCGCGCUGGGACAGAUGGGUGUCCCACAAUCACUCUGAGCAGCACCUGGGGUCACAGGCUGGAAUCGCGGGUACCCAGGGCCUGGGAUGACGUGGCGAACAAGCGUGCCAGCCGGGACAUUUUGGUCGAGGUGCGAGCUCUGGCAGGGGAAGAUUUCAAGUCCCAUGGCUCGGUAGUCGGCCUCCUAGAGCUUCGCCGACGAGUCCAACACCCGGUGUCGUUGCGUCAGGUCAGGUGGGAGGGAGAACACUGCUAGGGAUAGGAAGAAAGAAUCAUUCGCAAAUAUACACUCGUUCGAUAACUCGUAUCUCGUUCACAAGUCCGUGAAGUCGGCCACUUCAAACUCCUGAAGGA